AUGGAUUUUUGGAGCGUCAAACUCGUAUCCUACCAAUUCUGCGGCGAGAGCCACUCUUCUCAAAAAGAGAAACAACAAAACUUGUCCCGUCCGGAUCGCUUCAAGCUAGCACUCGCAAGAGCAAAGCUGCUGCGUCGACUGACCGAUCAGUAUAAGUGGAGCCAUGAUGACUACAAAAUGGCCGAGUAUCUUGUUGACGAUGUGUCUCCCUACUUUCUGCACAUGGAGAUGUUUGUCACCACUGUCCGUGAACAAGCCAGCAAAGCACAGCGCGCGUACUGGAUGCCUCUGAUUGAGUCAUGGAAGAUUAUUGGUGCUUACGGUCAGACUGAGCUUGGACAUGGCAGCAAUGUCCGUGGUUUGGAGCUUGAGGCACGCUGGGAUAACCGCACCAAAGAGUUUGUCCUUCAUAGUCCCACGCUCACGGCAAGCAAAUGGUGGAAUGGGAGCCUGGGUCGCAUUGCCAAUCAUUCUAUCGUGGUUGCGCAAUUGCUUCUUCCUAAAGCGGGCUCGCCUGGCCAGUAUCUAUCUCAGGGUCCUCAUCAAUUCAUCGUGCAGGUGCGUGAUAUGAAGACACACCAGCCGUUGGAUGGAGUGGUGAUCGGAGACAUUGGCCCAAAGUAUGGCUAUGCUACGAUGGAUAACGCCUACAUGCUGUUUGAUAAUUUCCGAAUUCCCCAUUCCGCCAUGUUAUCCCGGUACUCCAGCGUCAAUCCAGACACUGGUGUCUAUACAAAGCCCGAACGGCCUGCUCUAGUAUACGGGUCUCUGACAUAUGUUCGUGCAAAUAUCGUCCAUCAUGCUCGACUCGUGCUAGCACGCGCAGUCACUAUUGCCGUACGAUACACUGCCAUCCGACGGCAGUUCCAAGAUCGAGACGACAAGAAUGGACCGGAGAUAUCUGUCCUUGACUACCCCACGGUGCAAAUCAGGAUUUUCCCCUUACUUGCAACUACCUUUGCACUUCAUUACACCGGACUGGCUAUGCGCUCGGUUUAUCAGAGCACACGACAAGAUGUUGAGCAAGGCGAUUUUCGCUCUUUGGCUCACAUGCAUAGCAUGUCUUCAGGGCUCAAGAGCUUGUGCACUAUGCUUGCUGCAGAUGGGAUUGAGACAUGCCGUCGUGCAUUGGGUGGACAUGGGUUCGGCGGGGGAAGUGGUUUGAUUCAACUGAACAAUGAUUAUCUUUCCAAACCAACUGUCGAGGGAGAUAACUGGAUGAUCACGCAGCAAGUCGCAGCAUAUCUAAUCAAGAAAAUGGCAGCUGCAGUGGAAUCUCCCAGUACCCCUGGCGCCGAUAAGACUGAGGCUGGAUUCAAGGAGUUUAUUCAGAACAAGCAAGGUACAGAAACACGCCAUUCUGGCUAUGAUGUUUUGGGCAAAGACCAAGACAUUGUCAAAAGCUUUGAGAUGCGAGCCACUGCACUUGCCUACGAUGUGUAUGAGCAGCGGGUGUUGAAGAAGCUGAGCUGGACCAGCCUUCUUAUUCAGCUGCACAAACUCAGCAAAGCCCAAUCUCAGUCGAUCCUUGUAGGCACUUUCUACGAAGCUCUGUCAGCGGAUUCGACUCUUUCAAGCUCUAACAAAAUCAUCCUGCGGGACUUGUUCCGCUUGUUCGCACUCUACACCAUGGAGAAUGAAGGUUAUGAAUUCUUCCGCUGCAACGCCGUGUCUCAAGCCGACCUCAAUAACCUCUCGGCUCGCGUCCAAGACUUGAUGACCCGCAUCAGACCCCAUGCUGUGAAACUGGUUGAUUCAUGGAUGAUUCCAGACUACCUCUUAGAUAGCGCCCUUGGACGAUAUGAUGGCCGCGUGUACGAAGAUCUCUACAAUCGAGCCCACCGGUUGAACCCUCUCAAUCGAAUUACAUUUAAUCCAAACUACUGGGAGGAGGAGAUUGUGAAAGGGAGCGGUGAUAACGGGUCCGGUAUACUGUCAAAGCUAUAA